AUGGGAACAUGCGUCACCGCAGGUGAAAGAGACAGCCAACAGGAAUUUGCUCUAGGACUCAUGGGACUCAAACCGGGGCUCAGUAACCACCCGGAGGAGCGGGAUGGCAGAGGAGGCGGGAGGGAUGUUCCAGAAACAGUGCACACAGUGAGACACAGCAAGACAAUUGGUAUAGCCAGCAGGAUACCCAGAAGUCGGUGGCUACCACAUAGCAUGCGGGCUCUGGUGGAAGACCGGGAAGCAGUGGACAGACCAGAGCUGCAGCCGAACACGGGCCUAGAGGAUGGGCAAAGGAUGCUGACCAGGUCCGGAGAUCCCAAGGAGGAGGAAGAAGAGGAGGAGGAAUUAGUGGAUCCUCUGACGACAGAGAAAGAGCAAUGUUAGCAGAUGGAGAAAUGUGUGAAGGCUCGGGAGCGGCUAGAGCUCUGUGAUGAGCAUGUAUCCUCCAGGUCACAGACAGAGGAGGACGGCACAGAGGAGCUCUUUGGCUUCUUGCAUGCAAGGGACCACUGUGAGGCCCACAAACUGUUUAAGAGCUUGAAAUAG